AUGUUGCACAACUCUAGCAUCGAGGAUGAUAAUGCGAGCAUGAACUUCUGGAAACGUUGGCUGACAGGAUUUAGGAGAUUCAGGCACCAUCAGCAGGUCACGGUCCACGCCGCGCCUUGUCAAGCCCCUAUAUCAACCUCGUUCUCAGAGACACCAGAUUUGCCGUUGAUUCAUCUUCGUAACUACGGGCGUGUUUAUGGUCAAGACCAAAGUAUCAAUUGCUAUUCUCACUUCUCCUUCAUUAUCUCGACUGGUUUUGCCCCUUUCCUGAACAAUCUGAGCUCGCCCGCUUCCAUCACACGUUUUUCUACUUGGCGCUAUCGUCGGACACAUCAGUGGGACCACACCCCGAUUCAAGCAUCGGACACGGAUCAUCCACCGGAACUGUCGCGGCGUUGGCACUCAGAACACAAUCUCCGAUACUGGUUUCGCCCUCGGUACCCACAAUCAACGAUGAUGGGACGACCAUGUGGCAGCACCAACGGCGCAAAGGUCCUGCGUUGUCCGCCAGAGAUGCUCAGACGUCUACGGCGAUUGAACGAAGCCGAGAUCAUCACACUUUUUACUCCCUUUGUGCCCCACCCCACCUCCACCACUCUAGCCAAAGAUAUGGACCCAUUCGAGCCUCUUGGACGAGCCCUACCCCGAAGAGUCCGCCACGUCCCCUAUCGUCUGGAAAAUGGCAUGACAGAGAUGCACAGAGACUUCUUACCCAGCACAGGCGCCGUCAUGAUCGUCAUCUGCGUCACCUCCAACGUGCUGCGAUACAGCGCCCAGGCCUUCGAACUGCAGGUCCGAUUUGCAAGAGAUGUGGCAAAGCAGAUCAGCUGCGGCGACUGCGUAUGCGAAUGCGAUGCUGGAUUUUCCCGCACUUGUUGCCAUUGA